UACUGCUGUGUUUAUAUAAAGGAGCGUAGUAAAGUGAGCCGCGAGAAAGUAUCUGCGUAGGUGUCUAUAUUAGAUAGUCGUGCAGUGUCUGUGCACCAUGUGCCUUGUCGCGCUCCCAUCUAAAUUGCUCAUUUUUAAAAAUUGAACCUCGUCGUGUGUCAAUGAGUUGAUCGAAUCCCGAAGACGAGGGGCAGAGGCGUUGUGUCGAUGGCCGUUAAUAGUAAUUCGUCGUCGUCGACUCGUGCGUCGUUGUUAUGCGCCAUCAACGUCUGCUACGCGUACUGGCGGCCCUAGCUGCAGCUUGCCUCGGCCUCUACGUACUUCAGAUCUACCUGGUCUCCUCCACCUCCUCGUCUGCCUCAGCUAACGAUGACAAUAACAACGAAGUUCUUCAGCAGCAGCAACAGCAGAUCCGAGGACACGUUGAUGUUGCUGCUGCUGCUGCCAGCAGCAGAUCCUUGGCGAUCAGCAAGAACGAUACUUACAACGUCUGGUGCAUCUUCACCAAGGUAACCAGCAAUUCGCCGAUAAAGGGAAAGUUCAGGAUACUGGUCGACUCGUUACUUAAGCACACGUCCAGUCGGCUCGUCUUUCACGUCAUAACGGAUCAAAAUAGUCAGGAUAUAGCCGUGCAGACGGUGGAGUACAUUAUGCGUGUAAAUAAAAAGUCAAUCAAGGUGCAAUACUAUGAUGUUCUUAAAGCAGCGAGAGAAUUAGAAGAUAUAGUCUCCGUUAUGACGCAGUACUUUAGUAGCAAACCAGGAACUUACUAUUCUGAUGCCUUAUUCUUUCUAUCGCUGGGCUUGCAUAGGAUAGCAGGUGAAGAUCAAGACUUAGCUGUGAUGGUAGAUGCUGAUACAAAGUUCAGGGUGGAUAUCAAAUUGUUGUUUGAAGAAUUUCACAAUUUUGGCAAAGAUGCCUUAUUCGGCUUGGGUCCAGAAUUGACACCUGUUUAUAGACACGUUUUGUACAUAUAUAGGAAUAAAAAUCCCAAGACUAAUUUUGGAGAACCCAGUUAUCUUGGCGGUUACGCAGGGUACAACAGUGGUGUUAUACUUUUUAAUUUAAAGAGACUUAGAGAAUCACUAGAAUAUGAUCAAAUUGUUGGGAGAGACAGUGUAGAGCACUUAGUUAAGAAAUAUGAUUUUAAAGGUCAUCUUGGCGAUCAAGACUUUUAUACUUUGUUAGGAAUGGAAAGACCCGAAUUAAUACAUACUAUAGACUGUGGGUGGAAUCGUCAACUGUGUACAUGGUGGAAGGAUAGAGGUUAUUCGGAUGUCUUUGCCAAUUACUCCAGAUGUAAUUCUGAUACUAAGUUAUGGCAUGGCAAUUGCAAUACACCAAUUCCUAAUGAUUGAUUAUCAUUAAGUUUUACUUUGUACAAUAUAAGAUAUGUAAGAUAGUACGGAGGCUUGUUAGACUAGCUAAAAUUAAGCCACUGUUUGAUUUGAUACUUAUUUGAAUGUUAAUGAGAAUCAUCAAAUUGAACAAGUAACAAAAGUGCCUUAUUUGGUAUCUGUGUGUGAAUAAGAUAAUAUAUUUUUACAAUAAAGCUGACAUCUUUUCAUUUUGAAAAGAUUAUUUUAAAUUAAAA